GCUAGCAGUGAGAAGCAGAUGCGCGAUUGUGUGUCCACAUUAAAUGUUGCGCGAAGGUAAGGCAUACAGCCUCUUGUGAAAAGGAACAUUCAGAGAGAAGCCAGCUAUCUAAGUAAUUGAUUUCAGCAUCUCUGGAUAUUCACCACUAUAACUGAACAGGACAUUUAUUGAGCUUUUGUCGCAGGUGGUGAGGAGUCGGCCAGAUGAACUAGAUCCAGGGGAACCCGUAGCCGGGGACAUGACUGAUCCGUUGGCUGUUUUCUGGUGAAUGGAUUAGGGUGUGCUGUGACCAUGCGUUGCCUGGCGGCCCGGGUCAACUACAAGACCCUGAUCGUCAUCUGCGCCCUCUUCACCCUCCUCACCAUGCUUCUGUGGAACCGCUGCUCCAGCGACACCGCCCUGCGCUUCCUCCCGCGGGCCCCGCCGCCACCCCCCAGCGCCAAGGUGGGUGACGCCAGCAUUAGCAGCCAGCAGCAGCCCCCGGAGCCGCCGCCCAUAGUAGGCGGAGCUGCCGGCAUCAAGUACGAAGAGAUGGACUGCCUGAUUAACGACGACGUCACGAUAAAGGGUCGGCGGGACGGUGCUGAAGUGUACUUUCCUUUCAGCUGGCUGGAGAAGUACUUUGAGGUGUACGGCAAGGUGGUGCAGUACGACGGUUACGAGCGCUUUGAGUUCCAGCACAGCUACUCCAAGGUGUACGCGCAGCGCGAGCCCUACCACCCGGACGGCGUCUUCAUGUCCUUCGAGGCAUACAACGUGGAGGUGCGCGACCGCGUCAAGUGUAUCAGUGGAGUGGAAGGUGUGCCCCUCUCCACCCAGUGGGGUCCCCAGGGUUACUUCUAUGCCAUCCAGAUCGCCCAGUACGGCCUGAGCCACUACAGCAAGAACCUGACGGAGCGGCCACCCCAUGUGGAGCUGUACGACGCGGCCGAGGAGAAGGACAACCGCGCGGGCUCACUCAGCGGGCCCUGGACGGUCCCCAAGGGCUGCAGCCUCACACGGCUCCACGACAAGGGCCGUGCCACCGCCGUGCGCCAGUUCAGUGCCCCAGAGAACUCUGAAGGUGUCUCCCUCCCGCUGGGCAACUCCAAGGACUUUAUCAUCUCCUUCGACCUCAAGUUCACCUCCAACGGAAGCGUGUCUGUGGUGCUGGAGACCACGGAGAAGGGCGCGCCCUUCGUCAUCCACUAUGUCACCUCCGCUCAGCUCAUCGCCUUCAGCGGCCGCGACAUCACCUACGGCAUCGGGCCCCGUGCCGCCUGGUCCACGGUCACCCGGGACCUGCUGACCGACCUGAGGAAGGGCGUGGGCCUGUCCAACACCAAGGCCGUCAAGGCCACCAAGGUGAUGCCGCGGCGGGUUGUGCGACUGAUAGUCCGUGGGCGCGGUGCCAUCGACAACGUCACCAUCUCCACCACGGCGCACACGGCUGCUUUCUUCGCCGCCAGUGACUGGCUGCUGCGCAACCAGGACGAGCGUGGCGGAUGGCCCAUCAUGGUCACACGCAAGCUGGGCGAGGGCUUCCGCCCGCUGGAGCCUGGCUGGUACUCCGCCAUGGCGCAGGGCCAGGCCAUGUCGACUCUGGUCCGCGCCUACCUGCUCACCAAGGACCAGACGUACCUGAACGCUGCGCUGCGUGCCACCGGCCCCUACAAGCUGCACUCUGAACAGCACGGCGUCAAGGCUGUCUUCAUGAACAAGUACGACUGGUACGAGGAGUACCCCACUACACCAGGCUCCUUCGUGCUCAACGGCUUCAUAUACUCGCUGCUCGGUCUCCACGAUCUGGCCGAGACGGCGGGCGAGAAACUAGGCCGGGAGUCUGGCCUGUUGUUCUCCAGGGGCAUGGAGUCCCUCAAGGCCAUGCUGCCACUGUAUGACACUGGCUCGGGCAGCAUCUACGACCUGCGGCACUACAUGCUGGGCACAGCCCCCAACCUGGCACGCUGGGACUACCACACCACACACAUCAACCAGCUGCAGCUGCUGGCGUCCAUCGAUAACGCGCCCAUCUUCCGGGACGUGGUGAAGCGCUGGAAGAGCUACCUGAAGGGGGGGCGGGCCAAGCACAACUAGGAGCCGGUCCUGGAGGGGGGGCGGGCCAAGCACAACUAGGAGCCGGUCCUGGACCAGGAACUCUAUGGGGAGGUGUGGGAGGAAAGCGGGUGGCAUGUGUGUGUGCACAUCUCUCUGUGUGUGUAGCCUACGUAGCUACUUGUGUGUGCACAUCUCUCUGUGUGUGUAGCCUACGUAGCUACAUGUGUGUGUGUAGCCUACGUAGCUACGUGUGUGUGCACAUCUCUCUGUGUGUGUAGCCUACGUAGCUACUUGUGUGUGCACAUCUCUCUGUGUGUGUAGCCUACGUAGCUACAUGUGUGUGUGUAGCCUACGUAGCUAAGUGUGUGUGCACAUCUCUGUGUGUGUGUGCACAUCUCUCUGUGUGUGUAGCCUACGUAGCUACGUGUGUGCACAUCUCUCUGUGUGUGUAGCCUACGUAGCUACGUGUGUGUGUGUGUGUGUGUGUGUGUGUGUGUGCACAUCUCUGUGUGUGUAGCCUACGUAGCUACAUGUGUGUGUGUAGCCUACGUAGCUAAGUGUGUGUGCACAUCUCUCUGUGUGUGUGUGCACAUCUGUGUGUGUGUGUAGCCUACGUAGCUACGUGUGUGUGCACAUCUCUGUGUGUGUGUGUGCACAUAUGUGUGUGUGUAGCCUACGUAGCUACGUGUGUGUGCACAUCUCUGUGUGUGUAGCCUACGUAGCUACUUGUGUGUGUGUGUGUGCACAUCUCUCUGUGUGUGUGUAGCCUACGUAGCUACGUGUGUGUGCACAUCUCUCUGUGUGUGUGUGUGUGCACAUCUCUGUGUGUGUGUGUGUGUGCACAUCUCUCUGUGUGUGUGUGUGCACAUCUCUGUGUGUGUGUGUAGCCUACGUAGCUACGUGUGUGUACAUCUCUCUGUGUGUAGCCUAAGUAGCUACUUGUGUGUGUGUGUGCACAUCUCUCUGUGUAGCCUACGUAGCUACAUGUGUGUGUGUGUAGCCUACGUAGCUAAGUGUGUGUGCACAUCUCUCUGUGUGUGUGUGCACAUCUGUGUGUGUGUGUGUGUAGCCUAUGUAGCUACGUGUGUGUGCACAUCUCUCUGUGUGUGUGUGCACAUCUCUGUGUGUGUAGCCUACGUAGCUACGUGUGUGUGAUCUGGUUACAGAGAAGGUGAAAGGUGUGUUCAGUCUAAAAGCGCUAAAUGUUUGCGGUGCCGUUCGUCCCGGGUCUUAUUUUUGCCACUGUAAUUGCAGCUGUGGUCUAUUCCGAGCUAGCUGUUGUAAUUAUGUGCAAACGUAGCUUCAGGGAGUGUGUCUGUGUGUAUGGGAGAAAAAGGGUGCACCCCCCCCCCCCCCCCAUUUGUCUCUUCACUCAUCAGGAUGCUACAGAAGAAGAAUGUCUUGAGUGGGUUUAUUGAAUAGCUUUGUUCCAACACUUUAUUCCUUCACUAGUUCUCCCCUCUAAUGUUCACCUGUGUUUUGGGAUGGCUGAAGAACUAGCUGACUGAAACCAUACUGUAAAUACUCAAUGGAGUAUGAUAUGAGUCUAAUUUAUAAAGACUCUUUUUGGAGGAGAGUCUUUAUAAAUUCUGAAUGUUGAUCAGGUUUUCCCCCGACCGACCAGUUUCCCAACAACAUUGAUAAUAGUUGUUUUGAACGUACCAAAUGUUAUUUGUUGUUCAAUGAAAGUAAAGAGUCCACCGAUUGGUGUUCAGAGUAGAAAGAUAAGGAGCUACUAUCGUCAUUCACUAACAAUAGCUCCCCUGGAUAAUCAUGAGUAACCCCAGAUUUAGAAUCAGUUUAUUUUAACCCAAUCCCAACCUAAAACAUCAGUGUCCAAUAAAUAGAUCUGACUUGCGAUCAGCGGCAGGGUUGCCUAGUGGUUAGAGCGUUGGACUAGUAACCAAAAGGUUGCAAGUUUGAAUCCCCAAGCUGACAAUGUACAAAUCUGUCAUUCUGCCCCUGAACAGGCAGUUAACCCACUGUUCCUAGGCAGUCAUUGAAAAUAAGAAUUUGUUCUUAACUGACUUGCCUAGUUAUAUAAAGGUUAAAAAUAAUGUUUUUUAAAAAGCCCUUAGGGGCAGCAACUUCUCACCCCCUCCAUUCCCAUAGGCCUCAUAACCACCUCACCACAAUCUCAUUUUGGGGGGCGAAGAUUGAACCCUGCGGAGCCCCGUAGUCCUAAUCUGUUCAGGGGCGGUGUCCGUGUAGCUGCUCUCAGGUCAGUUUGAUUGCUCUGGGACACGGGUUGUAUUUCAGCCCAGCAAUGGGAGGCAGCAUCCCUGAUCCCCGGCCACAACUAGCUCCCAUUACAGCUCCCUGGGGUCGGCCCAUCAUCCUUCACAUACUGGAGCCAGAGGCAUUCGCUAUAGUCGUUACAUUACAUCCUAUCUUUUCCCAUUGCCAGGAAAUGGCCGCCCUCCUCAGUCUGAGUCUGGAGCUCUGUUCAUGUCCAUUAUAAAUCCAUCUUGAAUUCUUCCUUAGUGAUUUCACUCAUUUUAAUUUCACCAUGGGUUGAUUUUCGUGAACCCUCUCCAGUUGUGAGUGUCUGAUCAGCAAAUGAAAUGUAGAUGAAUGUAACAUCUCAUUGAAUAUUGUUAUUGUUUCAGUAACACUGACAUCAUAUCCUAUUUUACAUUCAUUGUCAGAAAUACUGGCUACUACACUAUAUUUUAAUUACUCUAACAAUCAUCUGGAAAUUAUAUCAAUCAUUUGCUAAUCAAUACACUACAAUUCUGGAAACGCGUGUGUGUCUGUGCGUGUGUGAGAGAGUGGGCAGAUUGAGGCGUCAUGUUGUUCGAGGAACACUGUCAACAUCUUUAGUUUCUCAACAAGAACAUCGCCGGCGGCUGAGGUUGUUUUGAACGCUGCCCUAAUUCUUGGCACACGGAGACGCUAGCGGAAAGCAAGCUAAUGACAGUCGCUCUUUCUCCCAUCCGUUAGCAUGCGUGGGCUCAGGCCUGUUCAAUCUCCCUGCCUGGCCUAUUGACAGGUGGAUGUGAGUGAAGAGGGCUGCAGAGCCACCUCUAAUUCAGACGGUUAAUAGGCUUGAGUCUUGAGAGCCUGUCGGUGGUGCAGCCGCGGCAGCAGGGAAUGAUUCAGCUUUUAACUGACUGGUAAACAAUGGCUGGCCAAGACGAAGGAGACUGUUUCACUUCUGACUGAUAUGGUGUCAGAUCAAAGAUUGUUUAUGAGAAGGAUGUUCUGCGGCUGUGGUUCAGACGGAUCGGGUUUCACCGUCUCCGACCGGCUACAGGAAUUGUAAAGUGCGUAAGAGGAUUGAAAUGUUUUUUGUUCAAAGGACCAUUUCUCCCAUUUUCCUAAAUGACUUUUGAACUUGAUAAAGGACGGAAUCCGACACCUUCAGUGACGUUGGCCCUCGCUCUUUGAGGUGACGCCAAUGACAUGUAUAAAAUAAUGAAAGGAAAAGCUACUGCUGGUGUGAGUCGGGUACUGCUGUCAGAGAGGAGACAGUAAGAAGAGUGUGAGCUCCAUGUUUUCAUUAGAACAUGCAGAGGAAAUGGUUUAGUCAAUGGGGGUUAACCUUCGUUUACGCUCAGUGAAAUUCACUGUCAGUCCAGGUGCAGUAGUUCUCAAACUCAAAGCCCCAACCUUGUGUUUCCUAGCCUGGUCCCAGAUCUGUUUUAGCACGACAAUGACCAUAGGAUUUCACAAGACGGCACAAACGCAUCUGAGACCAGGUAGUGUGUGUGUGUGUGUGUCUACCUGCUCCAUCUGAUCUCCCAGGUUCCAUGUCAGUCACAGGGUUCUGAUGGUCACCUCUUCACCCUCUGUGACCCUUGCCCUCUUGUGCCCUGCUCUGAUUUCAUUCUGGAGGCCAAGUCAUCAUUUGCUGAGAAAUUGCACUCUGAACCUGUCAUAACUUGAGAUCCCCUGAUUUGGAUAUUCAAUGGAUAUGGUUUGAUUCUCUUAAUCAUUGGUUGGUCAUGUCUAUUCAAUCUCAUUUCUUCACAUGAAUACCACUAUGCAUAUUUCAUACUUUGACGGGACUAAGAAUGAAGUCCAUUCUUUAAAGGGAUAUUGGGACAGUCAGGCGUACCAAUAGGGCCUGUGUUUAUUGAGCGCUUCAUUUUGUUCAUACCAAAGUCUUUAAAUGUCCAGGUUGUUUGUUCUUAAUGUUUUUGUUUCUGCAGAUUUUCCAUUAAGCAUUUUGUUUGUCAGUAUCAAGUCUGAGAUAUCACAAGAUGACAAACGAUAAUGCUUAAACAAGAGUUUCUGCCUUCCCUCCUCAGAGACAACGGGGGGGGGGGGGGGGGGGGGAGGAGAAUCAACUGCCUUUUGGGAAAAUGUAGUUUUUGAAAUGGAGAUUCUAAUAGAGUAGUGUCGGAAGUUCUAGUUAACAGAAGAUGUGUAAAACUCGCCUGUCUAAUGGGAUGUGUGCAACCGUACAUCUAGUGUUAGUGCUCGGUCACAUUUCAAAGGGAAAAAUAGGCUCCUAACUGCAGAUUCUCCUGGAGGGGGUUGUAGUUUACCAGCUUGUUUUGUUUAGCGUUGGUUUACAUGGUGGAAGGAUUUGCUUUAGGGUCAGCUGUUUAGUUUUUUUGUUGUUGAGUAAAGCACAAUCACAGGCUCCAUUAGUUGGUCUAUUCUGUUGGAUUUAGUUUCUUCUGGACAAUGUGCAACGCCUUCCUUUUGAAAGCUGCUAUUGUUUUUCACUGUGUAAAGGAAUCUUUCUAGUCGUUAUUUUCUCUCCUUUUCAACUCGAUUCUUUCCACUAUCCUGUAAAUUGACAUGUGCGGAUCACAUGUGACUUAUGCAAUAAAAUGUAGACUGGGUCCCAGCUGCCGAGGGGCGCCCAGAGAGCGGUUGUACAGACAAGCACAAUGUGCACAUGCUACCAUUUUUUUUAUGCAGAGAAAAAGUGUUUAUAUAUAAGAGUGAAUCUUUGUGCUUAAAAAGUCGCUUUUUAAAGUUGUAAAAUAAAUACAUUUUUCUUAA